AUGACAGAUAUAAGCCAAACUGAUUAUGAAGUUAUAAAUGGAAAAGUUGAUCAGAGUUCACCUCGAGCUUCCAGGUUAAGUUUGGACAGCAGCUGCUCUCUGAUCAUCAACAACAUCACUGCUGAUGAUGCUGGAAGAUACAGCUGUAGACCCGGUUCUGAUGCCUCCUCAGAUGGUUUAGUGCUUCUGAAUGUUUUAACCAUUUCAGUUGCUGAUCCAACAAAGGAGGAUUUCACAUUAUACUGCUCUCUGUGGAGAUACAGUGAUCUGGGUUCCUGUCCAGGGAAAAGUUUCCACUGGCUGGACGAGAAAAGAACUGAACUGACUGAAAGUGCUGAAAGCCGUUUAAGACGAAGAUGUGUUUCCUCUCUAACUGUGAAGCAUCAGAGCGACACCAACAGAAGAUUCACCUGCCAGUUUAUUGAAGGAACCAAAGUGAAGGUUGAAGUUCAACACACACGAGUCCAUCUCUACCACAGAGCUGGAGAUGAAGCUGUUCUAUCCUGUAACAGACCUUCAUCAUCCGACUCGUGUUCCUCUGUUGACUGGAGUUAUGAGAGAAACAACGACAGGAAACAGGAAGUUCAUAAAGGAAUGGUUCAGAGUUCAUCUCGUUCUGCCAGGCUGAGUUUGGACAGAAACUGUUCUCUGAUCAUCAACAACAUCACAGCUGAUGAUGCUGGACGUUACACCUGCAGAUAUGAUACACAUGUUUAUCUAAAUGUGAUGACCAUUUCUGCAUCUUCAACAGAUGCUGAUCCAAAAAACGAUGAAUUGACAUUAAGCUGUUCUCUGGAGAGAUUCUGGUCGGGUUCUUGUCCAGAUAAAAGUUUCCUCUGGUUGAACGAGACAGAAUCUGAACUGACUGGUGAAGGUGAUGGAUAUAAAUCAGGAGGACAGACUGGUUGUGUUUCCUUUCUGACUGUGAAUCUUCAGAGCAGCAGAAGAUUCACCUGCCAGUUUGUUGAAGAAAAAACAGUGAAGAUAGAAACUCACUAUGGAUCUGAAGGUAUGAUGUCUCAUUUUUAG